AUGGAAUUCCCGUCGUUCCACCAGACGAUAACAAUUCCAAUUUCCCACAAGACCCCGGCGGAAGACGUCCUGGUUGAUGAACAGUCGGUUGGCGAUGCCGAGACUCGGCCUUUUAAGGAUGAUCAGAUCAAAGAAUUAAAAGGAAAAAGAAUGAGUGUCGAAUUCCUUGAUGGACCAACAGUGACGGAAUUCGUCAACGAUUCGCAAAUGUUUGAGAAAUGGGCAAAUGAGAAGUUCAAAUCGCUGGAUGCCAAUGGCGAUGGGGUGCUAAGCCGCGACAAACUCCAGAAACGGGCGGGGAAGUUCUCAUCCAUGGAAUUCGAGUUGCAGUCCAUGGACGAGAUCAAGGGCCUCUACGACCUCCUGUUCGACAAGUUCGAUGUCGAUAGAAGUGGAAGCAUCAAUCCAGAUCAAUUUAGAGCCCUGAUGAAGGAGAUCAUGCUCGCCAAAGCUCGGGGGAUUGGUAAUUCGCCCAUAUGCAUUAUUCUUCAGGAAGAUAGCAUGCUUAUGGGGGCCGUUCGGCGUGCAAAUCCCCGAUAA